GAAAUGCUACCACCACCUCAAAACAACCUGAACAAACUCUAGCUUCAGAUUUAUUUAAUCAAUUAAAAAAAGAAAUUGAAGAAACACAAAGACCUAAUACUAUUAAAUUAAUCAAUAAUGGUAAUUUAGACAAUAAAAUUAAAAAUACAAAAUUAUCAUCCAAUCAAACUGAAGAAUUACAAAAAUUACAAUUAUCAAAAUUGGAUAAAUUAUGUCUUAAACAAUACAGUUAUUAUAUUGAUUUAAUGAAUAACACAGAAGAUAUUACAAUAUUGAAUAAUUUACACAAUACUAUUUUCAAUGAUGAUAAAGUUUUAACAGCGAUGCAAAUAUCAAAUAUAUUAAAAAAUAUAAAUGAUAAAAUCUUUAGAAUUAAUCAAAAAAAAGAAUACAAUUUAAUCAAAAAUGAAAUAAUUAAAGAAAAAGAUUCAAUACGAUUAGAAAAAUUAGAUAAGAUUCAAAGUGAAACAGAAGAUGAAUUAUAUGAUAUUAAUUCAGAAUUAAUCGAUAUCAUUCAAGAUUUAAAUGAACUUGGUAAUAAUUUAGAUCUUGCAAAUGAUAUAUUAAAAUUAAACCAAACUUUACUUACUGGAGAUAGAAAUAUAAGAGGAAAUACAAAUGCACAAAUUUCAUGGAUUGUUGAUGAAUAUAAAAAAACUUUAAACAAAGAUGAUAAAAGAAAAUUUACAUUAAAGGCAAAAAUAGAUUAUGUUAAAGAGUUAAUAAGAGAUUCUCAUAUCAAAAGUAAAGAUAGAAAAACUUUAUUAGAUGUUCUUUAUUAUAUCUGGGUUUUAGGAAAAGAUGACAAAUUUUUAUUAACCAGAUAUAUGACUAAAAAAAUUGAAGAAGCCAAAUCUUUAAAAAAUAAUAUUGAUAAAUAUAUUUGG